AGCAUUUGUACUAAUUUUAAAAAUGGAGAAUGUUAAAUUCACCCAACUAUGCAAAUCAGUAAUAUUAAUUGAUACAAUGACAACACAUAAUUUGGUAAACAAUGGAGAUAAAGUGGCUAUUUUGGGUACAGUAGAAGAACCAAUUACUUUGGAACUAACGCUUAAACCAAAUUCAAAUAACAAACUACCAUACGUGAUUUCGUCAGGUUUUGUUCCAAAGCAACACGUACUUACAGAUCUGAACAGAGAAUACUCAUUAUCGAAAAUAUAUGAAAAUGCAAACGUUGAACAACAACAUGAAUUGGCUCUUGAUCCGGCAUUGAGUACACCAAUGACAGAGAAACCAAUUGUUACAUACAUGGAAUUAAUUAACCACAAGGUGAAAGACAAUGUGCUUGCCAUAUUAACAAAUUUCGGAGCGUUAAUUGUAGCAAAGAAGCUCUUAUAUUGUCGAAAUUGGGAACCAGCGCUUUACGUUAAUGAAAUGUUAAAAGAUAUAUUUCCCUUAGGAAAUUAUGACAGCGAUUUCGAGACUUUUGCAAUGUAUAAAUCAUUUAUUGAUCGUUACAUAAUAACGGCUUUAAGUUGGGACUCCAGUAAGGAAAAUUCACACAUAUUAUACACUGCAAACGCAGCGGGCUUCCUUGUAGCUUUCAAGAUAAAUGAAACAUUUAAUAGUGGUGUAAAAUAUUGUCAUUUUAAAACAACCCUAGGUCGUAUAGUUUACAUAAAAAAUUUUGGAAAAUUUUUAAUAGUCAGUAAUAUAAAUGGCCAAAUGCAAAUUUGUACUAUUAACCAUAGUGAAACACCAACAAUAACGGCGGCUCCGCUUUUGUGGGAUGUAAAAGACCGUGUUCCAUGCAAGCAUAUUAUAGUGUCUAAAUUAAAAGAAUCCAAUGACUAUUAUAUAGUAUUUAGUAAAUCCGCAAACAUUGUGGCUUUCAAACUUUCAAAAAAUGGUGAGCUACUCAACAAAAAUGUAUUAUACAUCGGCGGAUUUAAGAUAACUGCUAUAGAAAGUUUAACUGACAAUGAAUUUAUUGUCACAACAAUGCGCUGCCAAAUUAUAAAAGUAAAACUUAGCUUUAAUGCUGGAGGACUUACGGUAGAAAGCUCCCGCAUAAAAAACGAAAAUGAUGAUUUUAAAGAUAUGCAAAUAAUUGGAAUGUCUGCUUCAACAAAUAAAUGUUUGUGGACUUUUCUUCUUUUUCGGGAUAAAGAAUAUGCGCCACAUCUUAAAGCUACACGUCAAGCAGCCUGCCUUAGUAUAUGCAAAUUAGAUUCUAUUGAUCCACUAGCUAAAUUAUCAAAACGCGAAAUAAAACUAUUCAAUCAAUACUUAGAUUAUCUGAUUGUUAUUCGAUUUAAUAUACUUAAUUCGAGUGAUACUCUUAGGUAUGCAAAUUUUUUCGAGUUAUUAAACGAAACUUUUUCAAUGGAAAUCAAUGAUAAACUUCUACAAUCACUCCAAAUAAAGUAUUUCAUUGCAAAUUGCAUAUCGGAAAGUCAGAAAAAGUCCACUCCUAAUGGUAAGCAGUGUACGUGUUUGGAAAUUGAUUUUUUGCACUUGGCAAUUAAAUCCAUACAUAUAUUUUGUCGACUAACAUAUUUAUCACGAUUUUCGAGAGAAAGCUUAACACAAUUUCAACGUAAGGCUAUUACUUGUAUGAUAGCUACAUUCAAUGAAACAAUGACUCAAAUACAAACUCUAGAAAAUAAAAAUGAUUUUUUAAAAAUCGCAAUAAUUGCAUUUAGAAAACGAUUAGAAACUGAGUUUAUAGUCAAAUUCAAAAAUCUGGUAGAAGAUACAGAAAUUCUCAACAAAGAUAUGAUAACAACCGACAAUAUAUUUUAUCGCUGUAAUGUUUCAUUCACACAGCUUCCAUUGACGACCAGGCGUUUCUGUCCAAAUUGUAAAACUAGAGCGUUAAACAUGGAAGAUGAUUUAAAGCAAUUAUUUCCAUCAGAUGAGCGCGUCAAAUGUACCUUUUGCAGAAUCGAAUUUUCGCUAGACACUAAUUAAGUUUUUAUAAGAUACAAAUACUACAUUUUCUACAU